AUGCCGGUCAAUUCAAGAAACAUGAAUAAGCCAUUCGUGAAACAGGUUUUUGUAAAAAAACCAGAUAUCAUCGAUGAUGAACCAACAGGACCAACCACUCCAUUCGAUAUCAAUAAUUUGGAGACAUGUGUUCCGGAAGGGUCUACAAAAGAACCGUACAUGCCGAAACCGGUAACAAAACCUAAACCAGGGCAACACAACUAUUCCGACGAUUCCACUGAUGGAUAUUCUGGAGGAACAGGUUACACAGACUUCUCCGACUUCACAGAUGUCCCUGGAGGGUCUAGUGAGCUUCCGAUGGAAAGUAUCCCACCGGUUCAUUGGACGAAAUCAACACCAAGAGAUUUCACGAUUAGUCAGAAGAUUGAUGAGAAUAGUGCAGGCUAUCAACAGUUGUUGCACAUGUUGGAGGACCUUGGACACCGUCGCAAAGACGACAUCAUCGAAAAACAACAGACUGAAUUCUAUGUCAGCAGAGCUUCAAGUCUUAUGGAUUCUAUAGAUAAUUCCUUCACAAACGUGGCGAUUUCGAAUAUCACAAUGGCACAGGAGUACAUCAAAGGAUUGUUGGCAGCCGCUUCUGUUUCAGUCCGCACCGCCUACUUUGAAAUAAAAUCACUGACAAGUCAACCAAGUUUCUAUUAUAUUCCAAAACGACAGAGAUAUCUGAUGGUGAAUAAAAUAGUUACUGAUAUGAGUGCAACUGGUCAAACGGAGAUGAUGUCAUUGAAUAAGAAGGCGAAGGCAUACUGUCGGACUGCAAAUGUGGACACUCCACCGUAUUCAUUGGGCAAUUUAUUCGGAAAUAUGUUGGCGAAUGGGGCUGUUUUGUCGAAAUAA